ACCACGAUGGUGGAGUCUGGAAAUCAUGUCCUAUAAGAACCUCGAAAGAACAAUAGUUUAGCCUGGAAAAGGUAAAGCCUAGGGAGUCUAAGUCUAGAGAUCUGGUUUGCUCAGUCUUGGAAAAGGCUACGUGGCCACAGAAUGAACUCUUGAAGUUGGGAGUGUUGGAGCGAGCGGAGCUGCAAGUAAGCAGCUUAAAGUUCCUGCCAACGAAAACAUUCUGUGAUUGUUGCAACCAAGUGAAGACUUUAACGAAGGCGUGCUCCCUAAGUACACAAGCUGCAAGCAAGAGAUCAUAAAGAACGAGGACCGAGAGAACGGGCUCUGGAUAACUUGGGACGUUUGCUUGGCUCUGAUGCCAAGCUGACGAAGGGUGACGGGGAAGUUAACGCUUGGUUUGGAGCAAAUAGCGGCCUCCGUGCCAAAGUUCAGUGACGAGCGCUCGGCAGAAACACCAGCGAUUGCUUCAGGGCCGAACUAGCCUAGAAGAGAGGGCGGCGCGGGAGGAAGGCGGCGGCCGGGAGAGCGGACAGUCCGGCGCCCUCACCAGCCUGGACACGCGGUUCAGGCGGGGCAAACGGCUCGCACGCGCCUCCGGCUCCCGGAAGGAGGCGGGGCCGCCUCGAGCGCCGUUCCCUUAAAUCUGCGAGCGGGGAGCGCGCGUCCUCGAGGUUCCUCAGCCGAGCGCCGAGCGGUCGAUCGCCCUCGCUCCCGCAGUCUGCGCUCCGCUCGCUGGUGGCUCCACCCGCCAUUAUAAACCAGUAAUCCGUUAUGGAGCAUGCUAUUACCCCGCUGGAACCCCUGCUUCCCACUGGGAGUUUGAAAUACUGCCUUGUGAUUCUGAAUCAGCCUUUGGACAAAUGUUUUCGUCAUCUUUGGUGCAAAGCUCUUUUAAGAGCCUGUGCUGAUGGAGGUGCCAACCGCUUAUAUGACGUCACGGAAGGAGAGAGGGAAAGCUUUCUGCCUGAAUUCAUCAGUGGAGACUUUGAUUCUAUUAGGCCUGAAGUUAGAGAAUACUACGCUAUUAAGGGAUGUGAAAUUAUUUCAACUCCUGAUCAAUACCAUACUGACUUUACCAAGUGCCUUGAAGUGCUCCGAAAUAAGAUAGAAGAAAAAGGCCUACAGGUAGAUAUGAUUGUGACCUUGGGAGGACUUGCUGGGCGUUUUGACCAGAUUAUGGCGUCAGUGAGCACUUUGUUCCAAGCAACUCGAAUCACUCCUUUGCCAAUUAUAAUAAUCCAAGAGGAAUCUCUCAUCUACCUGCUCCAGCCGGGAAAGCACAAAUUGCAUGUAGAUACUGGAAUGGAAGGUGAUUGGUGUGGCCUUAUUCCGGUCGGACAGCCAUGCGAUCAGGUUACGACAACAGGCCUAAAGUGGAACGUCACAAAUCAUAGGAUUAGUUUUGGAACACUGGUCAGCACUUCCAAUACCUACGAUGGAUCUGGUGUUGUGACUGUGGAAACAGACCGUCCCCUCCUCUGGACCAUGGCCAUCAAAAACACCCAUGACUGACCUCCGCAGCCGUGCCUCUGACCUCAUUUGCCAACACCUUCAUGCUCCACAAGAACAAUUCACCUGGUUGGCAGGAAUCUAAACCUGUCCCUGAGAAGCCUGCUAGUUUUAAAUAUGUUAAUGUUUAGAUCAUCCAGGUAACAUUAUGAAUGACAGAUCUCAAUUUUACAGUGAGGGGGGGAAAUCAUUAUUUCUUAAGCAAGUAAAUUACAUUCAGUUGGAAAACUAAUGUGGAUUAAUACACUCUGAAAUUCAGGACUGAUCAUUCUUAUGUUAUUAAUCAUUCCAUGUAUCCUAGGAAACUGUUUUUAAGUUUGAAGCUGAGAAGGCUCUGUUGAGGCUCUGUGGUGACCCGCACAUAAACCUACUCCUGUUCAUCCUUAAUUGCUUAACACCAAAGGCUACUUCUGUCUAAUAGUAUUUAGCUCUCUCUGUAUUAUAUGUAUUCCCUUUCACUGAAAAAAUAAUUCCUUCUAGCUUGGGAUGCUAGAACUGCACCAUUUUAUUCUGGCCUGAUUAACGGGUUUUGGUAUUAUCUUUUCAUAAUAAAUUAAAAAAUCACUGGCCUGAUUAUUAAAAUUUAAAACAGGUAGAACCUGCCCAGCAGCUUUACAUAGCGCAAACCGGGUGUUGCCCUAAGGAAAGGGACCAGCAGCUCUCUUCUUUCUGGUGCUACAACACAGUGGCGGUUGCAUUGUAAGUGGAGAGUGAACGUGGGAUCAGGUGAAGUAGCAUGCAGCUGUGCACAGUCAGUCAUUAGAGAGAACUGUUCAUAAUUUACGCAAAUAUAUGUGACACUGAAUCCAGAUGUCAAAUAAAAAUAUUUAGUUA